AUGACUGAAGCAGUCGCGAACGGCACUCCUGCUAAGAAGCAGCUUAUUCUCAAUGCAUUUGUAGAGUCUUGCAGCGGUCAUCAAUCUCCUGGACUAUGGAGACAUCCCGACGACAAGUCUACUGAGUUCAAUAAGAUUCAACAUUGGGUCAAGCUCGCUCAAUUGCUUGAAAAGGGCAAAUUUCAUGGCAUUUUCAUUGCCGAUGUCUUGGGCGCAUAUGAUGUCUACAAGGGACCGAAGAACCCUGAUCCGGCAAUCAUCUCUGGUGCUCAAUGGCCAGUCAACGAGCCUUUGGCCACAGUACCAGCUAUGGCAGCAGCAACCGAGAACAUUGGUUUUGGUGUGACUGUGGCAACCACGUACGAGCAGCCAUAUCAUCUCGCCAGACGCUUGAGCACUGUCGAUCAUCUUUCCGGUGGCCGCGUUGGAUGGAACGUUGUCACUGGCUACCUAGACUCCGCAGCCAGAAACCUCGGCCGUACCGAGCAACCUGAACACGAUGACCGGUAUGCCAUGGCAGAGGAGUAUAUCGAAGUAUUAUACAAAUUGUGGCAGUCUUCCUGGCGCGAUGAUGCAGUAAAGCUCGAUCGCGAGAAAAUCAUCUAUACCGACCCAGCACUUGUUCGUACCAUCGAUCACGUCGGCAAGUACUACAACGUACCAGGCCCUCAUAUCUGUCAACCUUCGCCUCAACGUACACCGGUCAUUCUGCAAGCAGGAACAUCAAAAGCUGGCAAAGAGUUUGGCGCCAAGAAUGCAGAGGCUAUCUUUGUUGCAGGCCACAGUCCUUCGGUGGUUGCGAAGAAUAUCGCGGAAAUCAGAGCUCUGGCCAAGGCCAAAUUUGGUCGCGAUCCGAAAAGCAUCAAAUUUCUGACUUUGCUCUGUCCCAUUAUUGGCAAGACUCAAGAAGAGGCAGAGGCAAAGUACAAAGAGUAUCUCAGCUACGGAUCUGAAGACGGAGCAAGUGCCUUGUUCGGUGGCUGGACUGGUAUCGACCUCGACAAAUAUGGUGAUGAUGAAGAGCUUCGCCAUGUUCAAUCAAACGCCGUCAGAUCAGCUGUCGAGGGCUGGUCAAAGGCUACCCCAAAUGUCGCGAAGUGGACGAAGCAUACUGUCGCCAAUCAUAUCAAGGUCGGAGGUCUUGGUGCAACUGUCAUCGGCACUGCUGAGCAUGUAGCUGACGAGUUGGAGCGAUGGGUUCGUGAAGCUGAUGUUGACGGUUUCAACAUUGCUUACUCUGUCUUCCCAAGAACAUUCGAGGAGGUCAUUGAGCAUUUGCUGCCGGUACUCAGAGAGAGAGGUCUGUUCUGGGAGGACUAUGCUGUUCCUGGAGGCACAUACAGAGAGAAUUUGUAUGGCAAGAAGGGUGUUGCUCGUCCGCCUCAAGAUCACCCGGCAGCUGCAUUCCAUUGGAAGGCAGAAUGAGAUGACGCAGUGUAAGUAGAACACUGAUAGUAACCUUCAAAAACUAUUUUGAGAUUCGGACUCUCUGGUUGCUG